AUGGAGGAUCCAGGUGGACGAACAGUGACCGAGAUUCGUGACCUUCUCCCUAUCCUAUACACUGAAGCUCCCGAUGUCCAACGCAACGUCGUAGCAAACUAUUUCACUUCAGAUGCCUCUUUUACUAAUCCAUUCUUCCGGAUUCAGGGAUUCCCUGGCUCAAUCUGGUCCAUCCACAUGAUCUAUCGGUGGUGCAAAGUCCUGAGUUCGCAUCUCAAAGUUGGAGUGGAAAGUGUUGCAUUCGACGAGGAAAACCUUCUGCUCUACGUCUCAUUCCGCCAGAAUAUCAGGCUACGCUUUGUCCCCUUCUACAAUUCUUCCGUCAAGCUCACUACGGUCCUUCAACUCAGCACACAGCCAGAUCCGCAACCUACCUAUGAUGACCUAGCAAUCAUCCAGGACUUUGUCGGCACAGAUACAAUAGAGCUGAUAGGGAGCGACGUCGUCAGCGCUUCCUCCCGCCCAAACCACACGAAGGGAAAGAAUAAGAAGAAGCACAUGGCGGCAACCCCAAACACUGCAAGGAAGCCAUCAGGGUGGACUGGGGAUCCAUACAGUACGCUCCCAUCAGCUGAAAAUCCGCUUACUCCGCAGGGUCCACAGCCCAAGGUUAAGUACUUUAUUCAAUCGCAGAAUGAUGUCUAUCAAACCGACGAGUGGGUCAAAUUGUUGACACCUUGGGGCGUUGGCGCCUUUGUGGUCAUCGUAUUGCAGACAUACCUCGCCAUCUUUGGCAUCCUCGGCACUUUGAUGCACGAGUAUGUGACUUGGGCAACACUGAAGUUCUCUUGGUCUUCAGACGAGACGGAUGAUCCUAUCAAGCGCGAGGAACAGUUUGUUGAAUAG